ACCAAUGACGAAUAGUGACUAACACUAGGCCAAUUUUCACUCUCUUUCCGCUAUAAAUUAUCAGUUUAAGAAAAUCUCAGGAUUAUAUGAGCCAAAAGGGAUUUCAUUGUCCAAAAUUAUCCGUACAAUCGUAUCAUCCGAAUUUAAAAUCUUGGCUAAGUCUUCUAGUACCUGUCGUAUUACCUCGCGGCACACAUCAAUUAACAAAGCAAACUUCAGUUUAAAGAGAGCUUUUUCUUUCCACUAAAUCACUUAUUUUCGGUACGGUUGUGUUGUUAUUUUAGACUUAAUCACGUAAAGACAACUUCUAAGGAAAUCUCAAGCCAUUGUCUUCAAUUGUCUAAAAGAGUAUUGAAAUGUCACCUUUAUGUUGAUACACCGAUCAUUCGUGACAUGGAACCGAAAAAGCCAAUAUAUUUUCUUUGAAGGUAUAAAUGUCCACAAUGUAAGCAAGCUAUGCUAGAUUUGUAUAACAGCUGCUCUUGGCUUUCGCUUGGAUCUAGGUAAAAAGGAAAGAAAGAUUUUCGGGAGAAAAAAAACGAAUGCCCAAUUGUGUGGAUAUACUGCCUUAUUACCAAUAAGCAAUUACGCCGAUUCUGUUUGUCUUUUCAACAUAUAUCCUGGAGAUAUCAUUUCUGUGGACUAUGUUAACAUCUGCUUGCAUUCUCAACUCACUUUGUAAAGGAUUUCUGCGACGCAAGGGUCUAUUCUAAACGCUAUUCAACGCCGGGGAAAAACUUCGAAAAUACUUUGACCACCGCCAUUGUCAAGUAUAUUAUUAAUUAACCAGUGACAGAAAUAACGCCGAGACAGACCAAAAGCGUCACCACUUAAUUACUUCAAUCGUUUGGAACCUUAUUCGUGAAUUAAUCUGUUGAGAAAGAGGGAUAAGAUAACAAGACUUGUCACUGGUCGCCGUUCGCUGGAACACACCACAGAGAUUCUGGAACUAAACUCGCCUUUAACUUCAAGUGAUCCAGAGGAAUUCUUCACAAGGAAUCAGAUCACUUGUCGAACAUAGAAAGUUGUGCCACCAUGAACUCGAGUCAAAACGUCACGAUUCAAACACCCUUUUCCUUCACAUUAAACGCAACCAACGUCAUCUCUGCUUCUCUUGUUGCGCUGCAAAUUAUAAUCAACCUUGUUGGUAAUAUCAUGGUAGUGGUCUGUUUUCACCGAUAUUCUCAUCUCAGAACAAGAUGCAACUAUUUCAUCAUAAGCCUUAGUCUAGCAGACAUUUGCGUUGCUUUAUUUGCAAUGCCAUUCUGGCUUGUUCUUCAGUUGACAGAUAAUAUGGAAAGAGAUGUAUUUUUCAUUAUUAGCAAGAAGGUGUAUUUGUUUUGGAGCAGUAUGGACAUCUUGGUAGGUGUGGCUUCGACAACAAAUCUUGCCGCCGUCAGCUUUGAUCGACAGCUUGCAAUUACGUCACCGUUUCAUUAUCAGACUCUGCUAUCACACAGGAACGUUAUAGCACUAAUAGUAGCGACGUGGAUAUACUCCAUUUUGAUUACAAGCGGACGCAUCAUUGAUAACCAGGAAUUUCUUCGUGUAUAUUACAUUCCUCUUGCGGUUACCUUUGGAUGUUUCCUGCCGCUGGCUGCAAUGAUCGUCAUGUAUGGCAGGAUAUAUUGGGUUGCUCGUUCACAAGCUGUUAAACUUGGAAACUACAGUAAAGACAUCAAAGCAGCAAAGACAAUUGCUAUUGUAAUUGGAAGUUUCCUUGUUUGCUGGCUGCCAUUCUUUCUGUUUUCUUUAUCGGUCUAUCUUUUGCUAUGCUGCUUUCAUGGAGGCUACAGACCUGAGAUCAUACCAGGCGCACGCGCAGUGAAGUGGAUGGCUUACUUGAACAGCUGUCUGAACCCAAUUAUUUACACGUGCUUAAAUAGGCCUUACAGGAGUGCGUUUUACAAGAUGUUUAAAAGGUGUUUUCAUCGGGAAAGGUUUCGUUCAUAUAAUCAUGGUCAUAAUACCAGUCAGGAGUUACACAGGAAUCAUCAUUGUGCCGACGAUACAAUUACCUUUGCAAUAACUCGAAAAAAAGGAAAAGGCAGCAUUUCCAACGAUGAUUCGUCAACGCUCAAGAAACAGGAGAAUCAAGUUGUUCUUUUAAAUGGCGAGGAUGGUCAUGGAGUGUGACAUCGACCACGCUAACCAUUGUUUUAAAAUUUCUUGGGAUUUCGCAUUUGCGUCAUUCAUGCGGUUGUUGACGUCAAAAUCAUUUUAUUGCAUGUUUCACCUCGAACUAAAAUUAAGAAAGAAGUAGUCGAGACAUACCGACUUCUCAUSUGUAGCUAUAAAGACGAGAUCACGACAAUUGAGUGAUUGAUUUUCCAUGAACGAGUGGGGUCUUAAAAUUGUAUGUGGAAUAACGUUCUCAGGGAGAACGGACAAGUUUAAUAGCCUGAGUACUAGUAAUUUAAGCAACUAUCAAUGAAAUAUGAUUGGUCUAAAGUUGAUCGACAGUACGCAGCAUCAUUUUGGGAGAAAAAAACAUUCAUACCUCAAGAGUCAGAAUUCACAGUUUUGACCCGUAAGAUGGAGUUAUGUGUACAUUUCCACUAACUUCGAUUCAGGCAGUCGUGGAAUAACUUAUAUCCAUAGAGAUGAUAUGCAAAUUCCUUGAUUGCAUUAUUAUUUAGAUUAGUGUUUUUUAUAUAAAAUGACUUUGCUUGAUUUUACUUGUCGGAAAGAUAACCAUUGGAUAUAGCCUUAAAACAAACCGAAACACAUAUAUUCUCUAUUGACAUGAUGGUAAUAUAUGGUUAUCAAUCUAUUAUUGUAAAGACCAUCUAAUUGCAGGAUCGCCUAUCAAAUUGCAGAACCAUCUAUUAUACAUCUGUGUACAUGUGAAGAAAUGUAGCAUGCUUUGGAUGGUGAUUUCAUAUGGUAACCUCUGAUGAAUGCGUAAAGGCAUUGAUGUCUCGUAAAGGCCGAAUUAGACAAAACAACUUUUGCCUACAACCCUCGCAUGCGACCUGCCAAGGUUAUCAUUGCAACAUGGCUGUAUGCAACUGUCGUGGGACUAUUAAGCAAUUGUUUUAAAUCCCUACGACAGUUGUAUCUAGGUUGAAUGCGUUGUUUGUAAGCAAACGUUGUGUCGUCUAAUUCGGCCUUAACAAGUAUGCAGGGGUACAUUUUUUGAGAUGUCAUCCUCGGAACUUUCCAAAUAUGAAGGCUGAGCACUAACUUGAGGAUCAAUAGAGGCUGAUUUGGAGAAUUCCUAGUGUGGCUGCUUAAUAGAGUUACAAAGAUACUAGUAACAUGAAGGAAUUUGUAAUUAAUGGGCUUCACUCCUUUUACUCGUGAAUUUUGAAAUUUUAUCAGCACAAACGUUGAGGACUACAGAGCCUACGCAUCCAAAUCCACCCAAACUGAAAAUACUCAUAAACGAAAUCGUUCACGAUGACCUCAAAACAAAUGACGAUCGUUGCUAGAUACGCACUGAAAUCAAAGGUGUUCAAAAGAAGUUAAGCCUUCUCCGAGGGAAACUCUUCAGUUUGCCAUUUAUAUCAAAGAAGACAGGAAGCCCAAGAGUAGAAAAAGAGACGAAAAAGAAGAGCGACGCCUGACGAGGAGUCUACUUUGCAUACAUGAACUAAAAACUUCUGAAAAACAGCACCCUUUAUAUGAAACAUUAAGCUUUCCUAAAGAUUUUUCUCAACACUAAAGUAUUCAUCUCGGAUUUUCCGCAUUGACGACUCGGAGUGUUAGUGGAAAUAUACUUUUGUCCCUCCUCCGUCUCUUUCUCUAUACUGGAAGGGUUCGUUUACUUGAUAUUUGAAUUAAUAUAUAGACUAGGACUAGGGACCGGGGGCGGGGGGUACACCCCUCCUUCCCCUCACCAGCCCCAUUCCUUUACCGAGUUAUUUAUCAGUUAACUACGGUUCAAAAUAAAACUUAGAAAUACCCAUGAAGAGUCCUUUGAGUCACAUGAUCUUAUCGUAAGCUAGGAAAAUUGUUAGAACUUUUACAUGAACUGUACUUAUCUAUUAUUUUUCUCUAUUAUACAAAUUAUGAGCUAGAAUUAGACGUUUUUAUCGAAUGUCUUUAGCUUCAAAAAGUUGGCAUGCUUUCUUGAAGUUUUGAAGAGAUAAUUAGGAUUGAGAAACUUUGGCAGCUAGUUUCUAAAAUGUUGUCCAGAUUGACUAGAAUUAAAGAGCUUUAACUUGAUCCGCAAUAAUAAAGUAAUGAAUUUUUGGAUUGAUUAACUUCAAUUCUUAGGCAUUAAUGAUUUCCGAAAGCGUUUGGACAACCUUCUAAAAACAGCUGUAUACUGAUGAUUGAGGGAGUAUACGUUUUUUGCAAGUAGGAAUGCAUAUAUUUAACUGUAAUAUAGCAGUGUAUAAUCAUAGGGAGCUGGAUAAUCACUAUAUUUAUAUAGAAUAUGUAGAGAUAUGAAUAAAUACUGUUCGCACUACUUCUAAAGUACAAUCUGUCAAUGUAAUAAACAGUAGCAUUGAACACUUGUUUGGUUGUAAAAGAAUAUUGUUUGAGGAUGGAUAUGAUAUGAAGAAUUAUAUUGAUUGGGUUCAAGU